GUUGUUGAUAUGUCUGUGCUUGAAGCGUUUUCCCAAGCGUUUUACGCAAGGUUUUACGCCACAGGCGGCCCCCACCCUCAAGGCACGGUAAAUAGAUACGCUAAGCACUAUGCAAAAAUUAAAUUGUGCCUUGUAUGCACUUCUAAAGGUUGAAUGAGUGUUUUUACAUGCCUUUGUUGAAUGCUGAGAAAGUUCUUCUUGGUGCUGGUCGCUGGAUGUCCUUGCCCUGGUCUGAUGUCAAUAAGAAAACCAGGCAAGCAUUCGACUAGUGUCGCUGUACUGUGGAUGACUCCAAAAGCCUGUGCUGUGAUCUGGGGCCGGUAGAUGGCUCUGCUGCUCGGCUGAUCGGCCCUGCCGGCUUCCGUCAGCGUGGUGAACCGUAAACUCAGUGAAAGGUCCAACACGGUCUCGAUGGCCGAGGUGCCGGAGGUGACCGGCUCGGUGGUCACCCCCACCACCGGCAAAAUCAUCAAGGAGGGCUGGCUCUACAAACGAGGUGAACACAUCAAGACGUGGCGGCCGCGCUACUUCACACUGUUUGACGACGGAAAGCUGCUUGGGUUCAAACAGGCGCCGUCGGCGGGCGACUUCAGCUCACCGCUGAACGACUUCAAUGUCCGAGACAGUCAGGUGAUGGUUUCGGACCGACCCAAGCCUCACGCGUUUAGCAUCCGGGGUCUCCAGUUCAUGUCGGUCAUCGAGCGCAACUUCCACGUACAAUCGGACAAAGAAAGGGACGAGUGGACGCAGGCGAUCUCAUACGUCAUCAACAAGCUGGCGGAUGACGAUCGGGGCGGCGGUGACGUCGAGAUGGGACGCGUGGCAGAGGAGGAUGACUUCUCGGCCAAGUUCCGAGCAAUGUCCACCACUCAGAGCAAACACUCGGGAAAGAAGAAAGUGACGUUCGACAAUUUCGAGUUCCUGAAGGUGCUCGGGAAGGGCACGUUCGGCAAGGUGAUCCUGUGCCGAGAAAAAUGCACCGGCCAUCUGUACGCCAUCAAGGUGUUACGGAAGGACGUCAUCAUUGCCAAGGACGAGGUGACGCACACGCAGACGGAGAACAGGGUACUACAGCGCACCAGUCACCCCUUCCUUACGUCACUCAAAUAUUCGUUCCGGACGCCGGACCGGCUCUGCUUUGUGCUCGAGUACGUGAACGGCGGGGAGCUGUUCUUCCACCUGAACCGGGAACGAAAGUUCUCCGAGGAGCGGACGCGCUUCUACGGCGCGGAAAUCAUCUCGGCGCUGGCCUACAUGCACAAGAACGGCAUCAUCUACCGGGAUAUCAAGUUGGAAAACUUGCUCCUGGACAAGGACGGUCACGUCAAGAUCGCCGACUUCGGUCUCUGCAAGGAGAACAUUGUCGAUGACACGACGACCAAGACGUUCUGCGGCACACCGGAGUACCUGGCGCCAGAGGUGUUGGAGGACAACUACUACGGUCGAGCAGUGGACUGGUGGGGCAUCGGCGUCGUCAUGUACGAGAUGAUGGUGGGCCGGCUGCCCUUCUACAACCGCGACCACGAGCGGCUCUUCGAGCUCAUUCUCGUCGAACAGGUGCGGUUCCCUCUGUCGCUGAGCGACAUGGCCCAGUCGCUACUGCAGGGCCUGCUUCAGAAGGACCCGGCGCGGCGGCUCGGCGGCGGCCCGCGAGACGCCGAGGAGAUCAAGGAGCACCCCUUCUUCUCGCCCAUCAACUGGGAGGACCUCGAGGCGAAAAAGAUCACCCCACCGUUCAAGCCCCAAGUGGAAAGUGAGACCGAUACGCGGUACUUUGACUCCGAGUUCACCGGCGAAUCGGUGGAGCUCACCCCUCCGGAGAACGCGCCGCUGGACGCCAUCACGGAGGAGCCCGCCUCUUACUUCACCGCCUUCAGCUACCAGGACUCGCCGCGAUAGGUGGCGCCACCCGCCGCUAUAGGUGGCGCGGCGGGCUUUGGUAUAGGUGGCGCUGUCGUCGGCCUGUGAUAAACUUGCUCCACGGCGGGGGCGGUUUGUGCUGGGAGCGCGGUGAGCUGGCGCGGUGCGGUAUCGUCCGGGCCGGGGCGGUGCGAAUGAACUCGCCGCUCGACGGACGGUGGCGUGUCUGGAUGCCAGACCCGCCUCCCCUCCCCUCCCUCGGCCCCGCUCCCGCCCCAUGUUGGCUCGGCGACCGGUUUUGUUUGUCUGAAUCAUGUGUAGUUUUAAUCGGAUGGCCUCGACACUGAGGCCGGCGGGCUAGCCGCCGAUGUCUGUUGCCGGCACGAACUGCGUGUGUCUGCGUUCGUGCGAACGUAUACAGUGUCUGUGUGUCUCUGUGCGCCCCUCCCCGCUGUUCCCCUUCCCCCAAGAUGGCGGCCAACUGGACACUGGAACUCAAGAGCGCGACAACACAGGGAUAAAUGCACUCUCUGACAGUGGACCUAGUGGAUGAUGAGCGUGCGUCCGACCGCCGCGGCUGUUAUGAGUGGAACGGUGGUUCGGAACUGUGGACGCCGCGGGCGCUACACUAGUGCCACCUAUUUGUGGCAAUUUGAAUUAGCAGCGCCACCUACCGGACGGUGGUCUUCGCGCCCGCGCUAAAGGGCAUGAGGGUAUGUUCGUGAAUGAACGAGUGCGAACGUGUAAGUGAUACGCGGGUUAGUCAGAAGUGGUUUCCUUGUGUGAAAUGUUCCCGUAUAUUGCGUAUACUUCAGCAGAACUGUCCUCCAUGCCAGUCAAAUACAAUGGAAGCUGCCGUAUGA